AUGUCAGACGAUUUCAAAGUGACGGAUCUGGCUCAGUUUAUUGAUACAACAUAUUAUGAAUUAACAUCUAUUAAGAAACAAACUGGAGAUGAUUUGACACGAUCUGAAAGAAGUUGUCGUCUGGAUCUUCGUAGAUGGGGAGCAAAAUUCAAAGCAAAUUCACAACGUCCAUAUUUUGAAGACAUGAAAGAGACGAUGUGGUAA